AGAGCAUGUGAGAUACACCUCCACUGCUAAGCACGUUCCUCAAGGAUGUGUCUGUAAUUAAGGCUACAUGCUGGAUCAGCUACUUCGAAAGUGUUUUUCAGGAGCCUGAAGCAUGUGAGAUAAAGUGGAUGAGUAACGUUAAGUGGAUGCCACAAUGGCUGCCAAACUGAGCUCUACAGAUGUGAAUGAGAAGAUCGAGGAUGGAAACACAGUUGACUCACUAACCACUGCUCUUAAUGCCCCCAUUACACCUGCCAACCCCGUUGCGGGUCAGACUGAAUCUUCUGCUGAAAACACCAUUUGUUUGGAGCAGACCCCCAAUGAGGACACUGUAUUAUCUUCAGCUGAGACAUCUGUGAAUGUAUUCCCAACUGAAACAAGAGCGUCUGUUGAAACCAACUUGCACAAUAACCCUAGAGGUGGACUGACUGGAGCAGAAUCCAUCUGUAGUCCGUCCUCUGUGGAGAAAAAGCAGCCAAAGCCUCUGUGUGCCCUGCUGCCAUCUUCUACUGAGGCCUGCACAGUCUGUGAAGCGAGUCAGUCAGUCACAACAAUCAGCAGGCAUCAAAAAAACCUCAAAACCACAGCGGUCAACUCUGAGCCAGAUGGUGAUGACCUUUGUGCUGCAGUCCUUUUGGCCUGUCUCUUCUGUCACCCUCUGGACUGCUUACUGGCCACAAUGAGAGGGUGUAAUGCAUGCAUUUGGUCACUGUGUUCAUCCCUGUGCGGCUGUGAGACCAGCACCCUACAGCCGCUGCUGGACAUCACCCACCACUGUGACCUCUGCGGGUGUCUGGGUGUUCGCUGCUUCCUGUGUGACUGUCCCAUCUGUGACAUCUGCCUACAGGCUACAGAGUGCCUGGACCUCGCUAUGGAAAUCUCUCAGAUGCUUUAUCACUAACAAUGGCCUCCAGCAAAUAACAACACACACAGACAGGAACCAAUGGGAAUCUUUUAUUUGAUAAAUUCUUCUGAAAGCCAACUUGUAGGGACAAGACAAAUGCUACCAGUUUAACAGUCCAUGUUCGCACGCAAAUAUAAGUGAGGGUAAGACACGGUUACAAUAUUGUGCAUGAGUGGAAAAAGCUGACUGAAGGUAAUCAGUCUUAUGGGAGUAUGAGCAAUGCAAUCAGAAGCACUGAGCUAAGGGGUUGAGCUGCUUUAAAAACAAAGUAGGUUAAGUUCUGAAUGUACAGGAGAGCACACCUUCAAAAACACUGUAACCACAGACACGUGGAGAUGCUUUUGGCUGUUUUCACUAAUUCUGGUUUCAUGUUACCACAGCACUGUU